AUUUCGGUUAUCACCUCAUGCUUUUCUGUAGUUGAACAAUGAUUGAAUGAACUGUGAAUUGCCUGAAUCGCUCUUUUGAUCGUUGGAGACUCAGGACGUUCCAGAUUCCAUGAAACUCUCUUCUGUCAACAGAUUGUGGCCGCCACCGUAGUUCGAUUUACAAUCUUUUUACUAUUAAAAUACCAGAUCGCGUUUACAUGAGCGGUGUGCAACAGGUCUUGUUGCUGUGGUAGUACAAUAGCCAAUUCACGGGAUACAUACUAUAAGUCUAUAACCACUAAAGAUUUUAUAGCAGUGCAUUUAACCAUACGAAAAGCUACCUACAUGUUAUAAUAUGAUACCUAUCUGCAUGAAAUGAAAAGUAGAUUUCAUAGAUUGAAUACAUGUGUGUAUAGCAAUUUAAGUAAUUUAAAAUAUUUCAAGAUCAAAUUACAAAAAUAUCCCCUGCUGGCUGGACAAUUAAAGUAUACUUCAUAAUAUUUCUAGUAACCAACAUUUUAGAUGAACAACAUGGAACAUUUAAAUUCAAAAAAUAAUAAUAUUUCUAAAUUCAAUAAAACGUUAAAAGUAUCACUAGAAAGAUGUGAUGAUCAAUUGACAUUCUGUAACCAACAAAUAAUCAAAGAAGAAGUGUUUGAAUUUGAAGACUUUGAUAUCACAAUCGAAGAAGAUGAUUUUCUCCAAAAAAUUAAACAAGAAGACAAUGAUGUUAAGAAAAUUGCUGUUCCGCUAAUAGAACAACAAAAUAUUCAUAAAAAAAAUGUGAAUGAAACUAUUCAUAUAAAUUCAUUUGUUUCUAAAAGAAAUGUUGGAACUACUAAUUUUGAUGAUAUAGAUUGUGAAGUUAACAAUGUUGACAAUAUGGUACAUAACAACAUCAUUGAAAUUGAGCCUGAAAGAUCUCAGUUAAUUUUAUCUGAUAUCGGGUCUGUGAAAAAGUCUUAUAGUUGUCAACUCUGUAAAUUAUCAUUUUCAAAUAUUGAAGAUUUAAAUAAUCACCAGAAAUUAGAUUUAAUAAAUUACCAGAAAUUGUAUAAACCUCAAAAAUCGCAGUCAGCAUUUUCUGAAGAAUUAAACUUGACAAAGCAUAACAAAACAGCUGACCAGAAUAUAACUUUUAACUGCAUGUACUGCAUUAAAACAUUUACAGUUAAAUCAAAUUUAACUGUGCAUAUAAGGAGUCACACUGGGCAAAAACCAUACAAGUGUGAACUGUGUCAAAGAUCAUUUGCUCAAAAACAAAAUAUGAUGUGUCAUAUGAGAACACAUACAGGAUAUAAACCUCAUUCGUGUCGGAUUUGUAAUAUGAAGUUUGGCCAUAAGUCAUUAUUAGACUACCAUGAAUGGAAACAUACUGGUAUUAAACCAUUUAAGUGUGAAGUUUGUGUUAGAGAAUUUUCUCGGAAAUCAAGUUUAGUUUUUCACCAAAAACACAGUCAUACAGGUGAAAAACUUUUUAAAUGUAAUGUUUGUGACCAAACAUUUUAUAGAAAAACUUUUUUGAAGAAUCAUAUGAAAGUCCAUAAUACUCUGCAAUUGGAAAAAUGCCAUAUUUGUGAUAAAACUUAUUCUUAUAAAUCAAGCUUACAAAGACAUUUGUUGAUCCAUUCUGGUGAAAAGAUGUUUGAAUGCGAUAUGUGUAAAAGAUCCUUUUAUCGGAAAACAGGUUUACUUGCCCAUAUAAAAGUUCACAUGAGAAAGAGACCUUAUGAAUGUAAUCUUUGCAGAUCAACAUUUCUUACAGCAUCAGAACUAAAAAGUCAUUUAAAAUCUCACUCCAGUAAUAAACCAUUUCAAUGCCAGCUUUGUGAUGCAAGUUUUAUAUUACAAUCACUUUUAAAUACUCACAUGAGAUCUCACUCUGGAGAUAGACCUUAUCAGUGUCCUUAUUGUUUAGUGACAUACGCUCAAAAGAAGAGUUACUCUUACCAUUUAAAAACUCACAAAGACCAUGAGUUGUACAAAUGCAGUUUGUGUAGAACAUCAUUUUUUCAAAAAAAUAAGCUAAUUGAUCAUUUAAGAUUACAUACUGGUGAAAAACCUUUUAAAUGCCUUGUGUGUAACAAGAGAUUUGCACAAAAAGCUGUUUUACAGUCACAUAUGAGAACUCACAGUAUUGAUAAAAAAUAUAAAUGUGACAUAUGUAGAGCAAUCUUUGAACAAAAAUCAAAUUUGAUUAAACAUAUAAAAACUCACCUUGCCUUUAAAUCAAAUUUUAGGUGUAGAUUUUGUAAGGCUACAUUUUUACAAAAAUCUUCUUAUAUGAGUCAUAUGAAAAUGCAUUCUACAGGCAAGCUUUAUAAAUGUAGUGUGUGUGGUACUUCAUAUCUACAAAAAACUGACUUAAAUAAACAUGAAAAGACUCAUAAGAUUGAAAAGGCUUUACUGAUGUGUAAACUAUGUAAUCAAUCUUUUCCAUCAAAAAUAAAACGUAUAAAUCAUGAAAGAAAAUUUCACACCGAAGAAGCAUUUCAAUGUCUUAUCUGUUAUAAAUUGUUUUUUGAAAAAAAGGAAUUAACACUUCAUAUCAAAUUGCAUAUGAAGGUUAUGUCAUCUGAAUGUUUGAAAUGUAAAGAACCGUUGCUACAAGCGCCUGUUUCGGCUAAAGUAUUAAGAGCUAUUACUGGAAAUAAWAAAAAUUUAUGUGACGUGUGUUCUAUCAUCUUUUAAUCUACCACAUAUGUAAUUCGCUGACACUUCCAGUAUUCUGGCAUUUCUUACCAUAUUGAAAUUUACUAUUUAAUACAUUCUUUCAUUACACUUGUAUAUACUUAAUUGGAUUUUUUAUUUUAUUAUUUUAAUUUUUACUUUUAUUUAUUAAUAACCUGUUUU